AUGACAAUAGUCGGCAGGCUUCCCAUCGAACUCAUAUCAAAUUUGUCUUUCUUUCAACGGCAUCGCUGGGAGGUUUGGAGAGGAAUUGGAAUCUCUUUCCUGCGUAGCUUCCAGGCUAUCAACCGUGCACCAUGGUUUCUCAAUCUUACUCCACCGACCGGUGUCUGCAUUCGAGAUUCAUGCAGCCAGCAAGGCUGGACACACGGCUCGCAUGUGUUGUCGAACGCGAGUGGCCCGGAUGCGGUUAUACAUGAGAUUGUUCUGAAUGAAGCGGCGACCGCGGCCCCGGUGGUGGUCUAUUUCCACGGCGGCGGCUACCACAAUGCGCUCGUCAAGCAAGCACAUGUACCGGGGGCAUAUGAGAUUGGCACACAGCUGCGCGCAUCGUCGGUGUUCCUCUUGGAGUAUACCUUGACGCCCGGGGCAAAGUACCCGACGCAACUUCAACAAGCUGUGCUCGCAUGGAACUAUCUGCUGAACGAGCGUGAGAUCGUGCCAGCACGCAUCCUUCUCGGCGGUGACUCCGCGGGUGGCCAUCUAGCGCUCACAUUACUCGCUCACGGCAUGCAACCGUGUCCAGGAGUUACACCAAUGGCUCAGCUGGGACCGGAUGAGAAUCGACUGAAGGGCCUAUUGCUUAUUUCUCCGUGGCCUAAUAUGAGAGCAGAUGUGCCGAGCUUUCGGAUGUUCGAGCACAUCGACAUGAUAAAUAUCGAAGGCGUUCACGAUUUCAUAGAUCUAUACGGUCCGCGACUCGGCGAAGUCUGGGCCGAGCCUCUCGCGGCCGACAGAAGCUUCUGGGCCAAUCUACCUGUGGAGAACCUUCUUGUGACAUGCGGCAACGCAGAGUGUCUCAGGGACUCCAUCGUCGAGCUGUUCGAUGGCUUGAAAGCGGCCGAAGAGAAUGGCGCGCGAUGUGAUCUGAUUUUAGCGGAAGGAGAGAUUCAUGUUCACUCGGCACUGGAUUACGUGCUGGGCAUAGGCCCAUGUGAGUCAAGGAGAGGUAUCAUCGACUGGGUGAGAAGGCUGUCAUGA